AUGACGAGCAACGAAGACAUCGAAAUGCAUAGUGCUGAUCCUGAAGGUAGCCCUAGCAAGGAUCAAGCAGCACAUGAGGAUAAAAAUGAAUCAUGGGCGUUUGAGCAGAGGACCCCAUCGCAGAACCAUCCCUCACGGUUCAAGUUUUGGCUUGCUGUUACUGUCCUUUGCCUUGAAGUAUUCCUUGUCACCCUGGAUAGUACGAUCCUCGCUCCAGCUACGCCCAAGAUACCAGAUGAUUUCCAUUUGCUCAAGGAUGUGGGCUGGUACUGCUCCAUAUACCCUAUGGCCAUCUGUAUAUGUCUCAGCUGGUCUUCAUCCUGCGUCCAACACUCCCACGCUGGUCGCGCCAUUGCUGGACUGGGAUCAUCGGGCCUAUUGAUUGGUGCUUUCUUUCUUGUUCCCUUCCUCGCUCCGCCUGCUAGACGACCUAUUUCUCUCGGUCUUAUCUCGACAUCCCGUGGAGUGGCCACAACCUUUGGUCCUCUCAUCGGCGAUGCAUUCACAGAACGUGUGUCGUGGCGCUGGAACUUCUAUGCUAAUCUUCCACUCAGUGCAUUCACUCUGGCCACGUUAUCUGCUUACUGUACUCUCGCUGCCUUGGUGCCAUCAGUCAUCUGUCUUCUCCUGGCGUUGCAGUGGGGGGAAUGGUUUCAAGGUGUUAAAGGAGCCAGUCCGAUCCAGCCCAGAGUGAGUACCCUCCCGUGGGUCACAACGUGUACGAUCAUCGCUCUCGCAGGUGGGCUAUUUAUUGCCCAAGUAGGCCUUGCUGAUAUGUUCAUGGGUAUUGGAACUGUUCUCAGUGCCGUCGAGCCUAAGCUUUUCACUACGUUUGAUCUAGACACAAGUAGCGGCAAGUGGGUUGGUUAUCAGAUUAUAUACGCCAUGAGCUCGAGUAUAUCUAGUAUGGCACCAAUCAUGGUUGUAGAGAAUACGCCCUCCCUUCAUGAUAUUCCAUUGGCACCAGCAUGCUUAUUGCAGAUCCGCCGUGUGUAUAGCUCGAUCUUCGUUUCUAUGGCACAGGCUCUAUUCACAGAUAACCUUACUAGUGGCUUGCAGCAACUUGGUGUAUAG